AUGUCGUUGGAUGAUGGUAACAGAUUUGGAGAUGAAAUUGAAUACCGUCAAGGAAAAGCUAUUCAACUAAUAAGUUAUAUCGGGAGUGAAAGUGAAGAUGGAACAGGAGAAAUCACCGUAAAUCCUUGCGCACUUGAAAUCAUCAAGAAUAUUGAAGAACCAAUUGCAGUUAUUUCAGUUGUCGGUUCCUACCGUCGAGGAAAAUCCUAUUUCGCCAAUUUAUUUCACGGUCGCCACGACGGCUUCGAACUUGGUGCAAAAACCCAAGGAUGUACUCGCGGGAUUUUCAUGUGGGACAGCCCGUUCUUACACAAUGGUAACAGAGUAUUAGUACUCGACUGCGAAGGCAUAGAUGAUCCGAACCAAGACAUCAACUGGGCAACAAAAUUAUUCAUUCUAUGUUUGGCAAUAUCGUCAACCUUUGUUUAUAAUAUUAACGGAAUUGUCGGUAGGGGUGAUGUAGGAAAGUUGUAUCUGAUGACAAAUCUUAACAAAUACAUCAAAAGAAAAGACGAAAAUUAUCAGGAGGAAGAAAAUAACGACGUAUUACCGAGACUGGUGGUCCUACUGAGAGAUUUUGGUUUGGAUGAACCGGACAGUUUUAGAGAAUAUUUUUUGGAAAAAUUGCAACAGGUCGAUAGCGAAGCUGCGGCUGGAAUCACGAACCAUUUCAAAGAUUUCGACGUCUAUGGGUUACCCCACCCAGGAUGCAAAAGAAAACAAAUUCAACACUUGGAAGAAAUUCAAACUUCUGAUCUCGAUCAGGAAUUUAUCGAAAAAACCUCUCAAUCUGUACAAGAAAUCCUUUGUAAUCUUACCGCAAAAUGUAUAUUCUCCGUUCCAUUAACCGGCACCUCCUUUUCAAAAUUUCUCACCGGCUGUAUAAAUCAUAUGAACUCCUCAAAACAUUGUGCUCAAUUUUCGAUUCCCGAUGAGUAUGAGAUCAUUGUUCAUUCCAUGUCGGCUUUGGCAUUUGACAUAGGCACCACUUACUAUAACACGAUGAUGACUGUCAGAGAAAUCGAUGAUUUUCCGGUGAGUUGGGAGAAUUUCGAGUGUUACCAUCAUGAACAUAUGUUAGAGGCAGAGACCAUAUUUCGGGAAAAGUGCGUUGGCAAUGUUGGUGACGCUGUUGAAAGGAAAUUUUAUGAAAAAAUUUCUAAGAUUGAGGAGGAAUUUCGAGAAUCGAACUCGAAACGGUUAAAAAAGUUUAAUGAGACCGUUGCGGAAAAAUUGUGGGAUGAAAUUGUUAAACCCGGCUUAACUGCCGAAAAUCUUUACGAGAAUUAUUUGUCAUUCGACAACAUCUUAGAGACCUUUAGCAUCAGGUAUCAUAAUCAAUGUAUACUCAGUUACGAGGCACACGAAAUUCUCGAAAAAUUUCGAGAAAAGAUCAUUCCCGAUUCAAUUUCACAAUUAGACGUAAUGUUUGAAUUUCGCAAUGAGACCGAGGAAAUUCAGGCCUUAGAGCGAAUCGUUGAACAGGAUAUAAAAGAAGCGCAAGAGGAAUUGGAGAAUCUGUUGAUUGGGUAUAAUGAGGAUACAAAUGAUACUAACGAAAAGAUUGACGAAUUGUUGAGAAGAAUCGAGGAGAUGAAGAGACAGAUUCAGGACAAAGAUCUCAAACGCGAUCGUUCUGCCGGAGUUGUUCCGGCCAACAAUCUAAUUGCUGCUUCUCAUUACGCAUAUUCGCAUUUUCCCAUCAUUUCCCUUAACCACUGUCAUCAUGUGAAGCUAAAACACCUGUCGAACCGCCAUCCAAAAUACUAUAAGUGUGACGCUACCCUGAGAAGCAGCUCAGUUGCCGAACCAACUCCUUAUCAUUAUCAUCAUUAUCAUUACCUACUAUUAAUAGAAGCAAUUCAAAUUCCCUCCUUUGCGAAUUUCAAUCGGAG